CCGACCGAGGAGGUAAGGAGCAGAUGACGGGAAAAGAAGUCGUUAGAAUUUGUUGUUGAUUUCAGCCUGAAGGAAGAUCCUAACGGAUAACCAAGAAAAGUCGGUUUAUUCCAUGGUGCUUUUCCUUUCAAUAAGAGCUAUAGCCUGGCGGUUCUCCUCUGCUACGAAAAGACAGUGCCUCAUUUGCAUCAAGUUUACUACACCAGCGAUGCUAUAGAACUGCAAGGCCUUCCCUACAACCUCCUUCUAUAGCCUCUCCUUCUGAUUUUUCAUUGCUGCAGAGGCGAGAUGUGAUUGAGUGCUCGAGUCCGCUUAGCAAAUGGUUACUGGCUAGACAUACAAGUAAUGCAGCAAUUGAGCUGAAAAUGGAUGAUGAUGUCAUCAGGUUUUCUGUUAAUAAGUCAUCUGAUAAAAAUGGUUCUCCAAGAAAAGGAAGGACAACCAAGAGAGUCAAAAUGUCUAAAAAGGCUAAACUGAAUGAACUCAGAUUCUAUCGCCUGAAGGCCAAAAAGAAGAUGAAUUCUCCAAACCCAGAAGUUAGGAUUAGAUACAAACUUGAGAAGGCCAAACGAAAAGAAGCCUGGUUAAUUGAGAAGUUGAGAAAAUAUGAGGUUCCCAUGGCUCCAGCUGAGGCAUAUGAUCCAGAAAUUUUAACUGAGGAAGAGAGACAUUACUUAAAGCGCACUGGUGAGAAGAAAAAGAAUUAUGUUCCAGUUGGGAGACGAGGAGUUUUUGGAGGUGUUGUUCUCAACAUGCAUCUCCAUUGGAAGAAGCAUGAAACUGUUAAGGUCAUUUGCAAGCCCUGCAAGCCGGGGCAAGUUCAUGAAUAUGCUGAAGAACUUGCUCGACUGAGCAAAGGCAUCGUGAUUGACAUAAAACCAAACAAUGCCAUACUAUUCUACCGUGGAAAGAAUUAUGUGCAGCCAACAGUUAUGUCCCCACCAGAUACUCUAUCUAAAGAAAAGGCACUGGAAAAAUACAGGUAUGAACAGUCACUUGAGCAUACAAGUCAAUUCAUUGAGAAGUUAGAGGAGGAGCUUGAAGCGUAUCAUAAGCAUGUUGCCGACUACAAGAAAUCAAAAGAUGAAGCACUACACAUAGAUUGUAAGGUGACUACAUGAUUGAAUUACCAAAUAGUCACCGUGUUAUGAGAACUUGUAGAUGCGCCCUUUUUUUGGAUGAUGUUUAGAAGUUAAAAUAUUUUCUAAUAGUAAAAUGAUAACUUGUACAUGUCCAUAUUUCUUGUUGUUUUGACUGGGGUCGGGAAACAAGAUUUGGGUUGUGCUUAAUAAAAUAACUUGUUAGGUUGUUCGAAAAUGUUAUAGAAGAGAAAGUAGGAACCAGAAACCUAACAUUUCUUCAUAAAUAUAACUCAUUAAUUCCC